GCUAGCAGGUACUCCGCGCGUGUCGCGUCAUCAGCUGCAGUGAAAAAGUUGUACGCAAACGCGUCGAUGUAAUCUCGAUCCGAGCGUCCGCGCAUGCCAGCAGGAGCCCGUAGAUCCGAGAAGGGUUAUGGCGUUACGCACAGCGGCGGGCGCGCACAGUUCGGGCUACAUGACAUAACGGGCAAGCCAAAUAACUCGCGCGACCGCGGCCAACCCACACCGUUUCGACGACGAACGGAGCAGGAAGCCAACCACCAUCAUCGGUUCGCAAAUGGGCGAAUUCACGCUGAGCGGCGGCUCGAAUCUGGCGCUCGGUGCGGUGGACAGCGCCAAGACGAACAGUUCCGGGCUCAUCUAUUUCACCACACCUAAUCGUACCGGUGGUGGCGGCGGAGGCGGCGGCGGUGAUAAUCGGCCUGCGAGUAUGCAGGACGAAACAGCUGUUAGUGCGGGCGAGUCGGAGCCGGGCGAUAAAAAGGACGACGGAACUGGUGACAUGGACAAGUGCACCAUCACCAGCGCAACGCUGCCUUCGAACGGUAGCGGUGGCAGCAGCGGAGGUGGAGGCAACUCUGACCUGAACCCAACCAAGACCAAUCUACUCUUUCAAUCCGGAGUGGGUGGCGGUGUGGGUGGUAAUGGUGCUGACGUGAACACCUCUGACCCACCGCCGCCCCUCUGGUCGACCGGAAUCGAGGACAGCUAUGUCUCCGGGCUCGCGAACGUGAAUAGUGGUUUAGGUUUUCAAAGUUUCGCCCAACAGCAGCAGCAGCAACAGCAGCAACAACCACAUCAACAACAUCAACAGCAACAACACCUCUACAAUCAUGGCCCACAACAGGGUAGGCGCGCGAUUACAGCCAGCCAUAACUUCCCACACAACAUCACCCGCCCGCAACCGCUCUUCAAGAGCUAUAACUCGUGGGCGAACCCGGGUCAGAGCUGGUCAAGCAAUGCGUCCGCUUGGAACCGUGGCCGCAGUGUGCCCAAUCUGACACCCCUACAGCAGCAGAUGAGCGUGGCGAAUCGCAAACCCUCGCCGACGUUCAACCAUCAGCAGCAGGUCAUCUCGCCGGUAAAGUUCCGGCGAAGUACUUCGUAUCCGGGCAAGGGGCCGUUUCCACAACCGCCCACGUUCGAGAUCACGAACAUGGACGAGCCCAGGGAGCUGCUGCAGUAUCAGGAUCGCUGCGGCGUAGUGAACGCCAAUGGUAGCAGCCCGCUCGAGUCGAUGCGCGGCUUCGAGCACAUACUCAACGACAUCAUGCGGAAUCCUUCGGAAUCUAAUGAGCUUAAAGGCUUCAUCAACUGCAACACGAACGCAUACCAAAGCAUCUCGCAACUGACGCAUGGAAAAGGAGGUCCAUAUUUCUCGGGAUUGGAAGACCAGGCUAGUCAGGUGCUACUAGAGGAACCCAGUCAUAUGGACGGGUCCCUGGGAGGUGCACAGCCUCUCAGUUCGCCGUCCAGGUCAUCCCCACAUUCACAGGGAUCUGAAGGUGGUGAGCGUUUCUCACGUAAAGUUUUUGUGGGUGGUUUACCUCCAGAUAUUGAUGAGGACGAGAUCACUGCUAGUUUCCGUCGUUUUGGCCCAUUGGUCGUUGACUGGCCCCAUAAGGCCGAAUCAAAGAGCUACUUCCCACCAAAGGGAUAUGCUUUCCUGCUAUUUCAGGAUGAGACCUCAGUGCAAAGUCUAAUUGAUGCUUGCAUAACCGAUGAAGACAAGUUGUACCUGUGCGUGUCAUCGCCCACAAUCAAGGACAAACCAGUACAGAUCAGGCCGUGGAGGUUGUCGGAUGCUGAUUUUGUCUUGGAUGCUUCGAUGCCGUUAGAUCCAAGGAAGACUGUGUUUGUUGGAGGUGUUCCACGUCCAUUGAAAGCAGUGGAGCUAGCAAUGAUCAUGGAUCGAUUGUAUGGAGGUGUGUGCUAUGCGGGAAUCGACACAGAUCCCGAAUUGAAAUACCCGAAAGGUGCUGGUCGCGUGGCAUUCAGCAACCAGCAGAGUUACAUCGCCGCCAUUAGCGCGCGUUUCGUCCAACUACAACACGGUGACAUUGACAAGCGGGUUGAGGUGAAACCUUACGUUCUGGAUGAUCAGAUGUGUGAUGAGUGUCAGGGUCAGCGGUGUGGUGGAAAGUUUGCUCCGUUUUUCUGUGCUAACGUCACCUGUCUCCAAUAUUAUUGUGAGCAUUGCUGGGCAACAAUUCAUUCUCGUCCUGGACGAGAGUUCCAUAAGCCGCUCGUCAAGGAAGGCGCGGACAGACCAAGGGCGGUACCAUUUCGCUGGUGUUAACGCAGGGGCGCUUAGCGCGGCGGCCGCCAUCCUUUUUAGCUUAUUACCACCGGCCGCUGUCCAUGCCCCCGCAUAGGCAUAAUUAUUAUAUUACCUAGUAGCAAUUAUACAAAACAUACUACGAGCGAGGAGGCCACGACCGAACCGAGCGCAGAGGACCCACCUUUUAGAGGUUUGCUGGUGGGAAGAGUCGAUGAUAGAGAGAAGAAGGAGAAUUGAAACGAGAGCACACACCGGCCAUACACCACGAGUUUUUUGGACGAGUGAACUGUCUCCCAUCUGCCCGCAGCAAGCCGAUCACCAAAUUCACCACCACUCAUGCACCCGACAACCAUCCGCCGCCACCGCAGACAAGCACGAGCGACGAGACUUGGGUAAACCGUGUUGAUGAUUUCCAAAGUGCAAGGAUUGUUCUAGUCUUAAUUUAGCCACUGAUUACCUAGUUAGAGUAACCUAGUCAGAGUGAGGAGAGAGGAAGCGGCGGCGGCGGCGGCGGCGGCUGCAAUCGAUACGCGGCAUGUUGCGAGCAGACCGGAAGCUAUUCAGGGUAUUGUAUAUACUAGUCUAAUCUGCGACGAGCUAGCGAGCUAUGCGAAGAGGGGGUGGCGAUAGAUCUCCCACCCCCUCACGAAACUAUACACAUAUAAUAUUUCCGAGUACCUGACCGGCCCGGCCAGCCCUAAGUAACCGCUUACCCCUUUUUCCUCCCAGCAUCUGUAUAACCCUGACCCCGAAAAUCUUCUUUCCUCGAACGAACGCUUAUGUGUACCGCACGUAUUUCUCAUUCUCUCCUAGCUGACACUUUAUUUUCCAUGUGUGAUAAUAUAGUCGUCAUUUAUGAAUUAAAUGUAACUUAGACGGGCGCGCACGCGCAGCAGCAGCGAACCAUUUUGAAUAUUUGAAUAUAUAUAUAUAUGAGAAUUCUCUUAAGCAAACAACAAAACGCGUGUAGCGGCGUUGACAAACAGAUAAAAAAAUGAAAAAAAGUAAGAAUAAUAACAAACACAAUUUGCGAAACUGCACGGAUAAAAAAAAAUGUAUAUUGUAUACAUAAUUAUAUAUAUACAUACAAAAUGAUAUAUAGUAUCGGCUAUUCUAAGACUUUGUAUUUUUUAAAUUUGAAUUUUUAUACUAAACUGUUGAUUAGGCAAAUUUUUCGAUAUGUGCAAUAACCAUACGCGCGGGCAAGACAGAGGGCGCGGUGUGCGCAUGGGUGUUUGUUGACGCAACACAUACACAACCCCUGCCGCCACCAUCACCACCCUCGCCGCGCGUCGUAUAGAAUUUUUAUCUUAAUUGUAUUAUAAUUCUGAUGACCUGGUAGACCUGGAUAUCGAUCUGGACGCGGACCAGGAAGCGCAGGGAAAAUGAAAAAAAAAAACACACUAACAAAAAAACGCGACGCGACGAAUAACGAAUAUGAAAGGCGCGAGAUCGUCCAACGCUAAAUCAAAACAAAAAAAAUAAAAGGGGUUGGAAAGAGUUAGAAAGCGGCGGAAAUAUCUCGCUGCCGUGUGGAGAACCAUCUAUUUAGCAAAAAUGGUACAAAAUAAAUAAUUAAUUGCUAUGGUUUGUAAAAUUUUACACUCCUUUUUCUACUGUAUGUAAUUUGUAAUUUACCGGUACCGGUAGUUAAACUGAAAUAUGAAUAUAUUAGGUAGACGUGAUUGUAUGCGGGCCCUCUCGCCCCCCACCCGUCCAAACUUCCGGGUGAAUUUGUAAACAAUCACGUGGAUAAUACGCGCGGCCAUCUUGAAUAUUUUUUAUUAUUGAACUUUGGUUGAAAACCAUUUGAUUGCGAUGAAAUUUGUGUUCGAAACACUUUGCUUGGAUGCGCGCGUGUUGUGCAUGCGAUGGUCCGGAGUUGAGAAUGAAGGCUGGGCAGCAGGGUGGACCGACGGGGUGUCCCGAGUAUAUAAAUAGAGAAUGUCGUGGCGCGCCCACCUGGGCGGCCUCUGUAUCAUAUUCUGUAGAUUUGUCAUUUUUAAAACUAAACAACUAUUAUGGACAAGAACUUUUUAUCCGUUUUUUAAUAAUAUAUUUAGACAAGUGUGCACCAGCCGCGCACGAUGAUUGUUUCGUUUCUAACGUUUAACCUUAUUGGAUAGUAUUGUAAUCGAAAGCGGCGGUAUCGCGAGAUGAAGAAUCUGAGAACAAGAGUUUCACGUUAUUGUACAUUUUUUACUUUUUAUAAACUAAAACAAACGACUAGUACUUUUUCGAAGCAAAGGUCUUAUACACACUCUACAUACGCACGCAAGCGAAGCUUUUCUCUUUCGUUGCCGUAUGGGUUUUUUGGUUCGAUUACAUUUGUAUGUGGAUUCUGUAGUUACCAUUAGUGCAAUAUCGGGGUGCGGAGAGACGCGCGUCCGAACGUAGAGAUAGUCAAUUGUUUCAUAUGAUAUGACCUUAUUUGUUGUUGAACCCUCCGCGCUGACUGGCACUUAUACUAUUGUAUCUAAAUUAAUGCGUGAAUGAUAUGAUAUGAGAACGAGAGCAUAACAAGUAACGUACGCUAAAAUGAAAAACACAAAAAAAAAAUCAACAAAAAUUCGAUAGGAAGUGCCCGCAACCAUUUUUUGGGGGUAUUUUCACUAGCACCAAAACGUAGAUUUACGGAUGACCUGAAAAAUAAAUCUACCACGUGUAAUAAUGAUCUUUACUCAAAUUUUAUACAUAUUUUUUAGAUAAUCUACGAACUAAUCAGUAUAUUUCUGAAACUAUAUCAAUUCAAUGCCGGUGGGAGUGAAACAAACCAAUUGAUUAAAGCAAUUUCGUGUGAUCCUCUAUGUGUAUGAUAUUGACGCGUUCGGCAGGACGAUGAUUUUUAGUGUAUUUUGUUGUUAUCGCCAGCGUGCACCACGUGCACCGCCCCUAGACGAAUUAGUUUGACCGCGAAUCAAAAUUGCGGCGUCGCCCACAGCGGGCGGGCGGACGCCGGAGCGUUUGUGUUAGGAUAUUAAACAAUUUUUGGAAACAAAUGAUCGCUUAUUGGGAGUGUAUAGUUCCAGAGAUAUAUAUAUCAUCAAUCCUGAUUGUGGCUUAUUUUAUAGGUCAUCUACUAUUUUAUAUUUCAAUUGUAUGUAUUUUUAGAAAAUGUUUGUAACUAUAUAUUAUUGUUUUUAUAUGGUUUUUUUGUAUACUUUUAUAUGUUUGUUAGUUAACUGGUUUUUAUUUGUAAACAUUUUUAACAACAAUCGACACACAUGCACACACCGUCGCACUCACACUCACACACACACACAGACACACACGUUGUAUGUAAUUUACUUCUUUCUUUCGUUGUGAGACACGACGGCGGACAGAUUAUGCAAAGGGGAAGUUUUUUUUAUGGAAUAUUUUGUUAGAUAUCAGACUUUUUAUGUUUUAUAUAAAUAUUAAUUAUGAAAAUGUCAAUUUUUGUGUUUACUUGAUAAACUGCUGUUAUACUUCA